UUCUCGAGGGAAGGUACGCCUCGAAAGUCAGCUCGCGUCUGAACACGCGAUUAGUACAGAAAUUUCAUCGUGCGCACUACAUAACGCGAACCGAUUCUUCGGUCUUUGCGCAUAGUUCGCGCGUGUUGCGAGUGUAAUCCCGUUCGCCGGAAAUCAUUAACGUCCGUUAAUACCAGAAUAAGCCGCAAAAAAAUAGAAAAAAUGGAGAUAUCGGCAGCUCGGCUGCUGACCAUCAUUUUGGCGGUCAUCGCCGCUGCCUCGUCAUCUCCCACCGAAAAAACUUUUUCAUCCACCGAAAAGACUUUGUCCACCACGAUACUUGCUCAGGACAGCAAAAUCAAUACUACAGAUGACGUACUUGAGGAGAGAGUGGACAAACUUCCAAAUGAUGUCAAUAUAACUGAGAAGACGUCAAAAGACAAACUUUUAGAUUACGUCAAACAUUUUGGAAAUAUGAAAGAGAUAUUAAUGGAGGAGAUACACACCUUGGACAAGGAUACUAUCGAUGCCAAGAUCGACGAGGAGGUGGCGGAAACCUUGAAAGCCGAGGCACAAAAAGAUCGCGCAAACUUGCGAAGCAAGUCGACUCCGACACCAAGCGACUUGACAACGAAAAAAGUGAAAAAAAUAGAAAAAGACGAAAAAUCAGAAGAAUCAGAAGACGAUGACGUCUACGACGACGACGACGUCAGUGACGAGGAAAUCGAAGAGAUCGAGGACCAAUACAACGAAGACGACGAAUACGACGAAGGGGACGAUAUCGAUGAUGACGAGGAAGUCAUGACGCAGUGUCCUGAUUACUGUAAAUGCGUCGGGCAAUACGCCGCUGCAAUGACCGCUACCUGCACCAAAUUGGUGGACGGACAAACUUUCGGACCGAAUAUCGCUCAUUUGCGAAUUAAAGACGCCGGCGAGAUCCGAUUGGGCCCGAACGCUCUGCGAGUUCGAGGUCUUCAGCAACUGGAAUCCAUUACCAUCGUCGACACUCACAUAGUCGAGCUCGAUCGCACCGCUUUCAACGGCAUCACGUAUCUGUUUGCCGUGAACUUGACGCGCAACGGUCUUCGGGAGAUUCAUCCGAACACUUUCCAGAACAACACGCAACUUAGUUUGCUCACCAUCUCCGGUAAUCCGCUCAUGCAAGACGCGACGAAGCAUUAUCUGCUGCACGCGCCGUCGGUUACCGAUUUCGUUUUCUCGAACAACGGAAUUGAAAAGCUGAAACGCACCGCAUUCUCAAAAAUGCGCAGCCUCACGUAUCUCAAUCUGCGUGGUAACAGAUUGAGAGAGAUCGACGGCAAGAUCUUGAACGGGUUGGACUCGCUUGUGGAGAUGGAUCUCUCCGAGAACCUGUUAACCGACAUCCCAUACGAGCUGUUCAAGGACACACCGGUUCAAACUCUUAACAUCGCUGGAAACAACUUGUCCACAUUAAAUACGUUGAUCGCUCCGCAACUCGUAACUCUGCACGCUUCGAGAAACAAGAUCAAAGUGAUCGCCAAAGACGGAAUUCACAAUUUGGACGGAGUGCCGAUGCUGAACGAGCUGGAUCUCAAAUCAAACAAUUUGAGAAAACUUUAUCAGUACGCUCUCAGCAGUCUUACUCAGUUAACGUAUCUGGAUCUCAGCGAUAACAAGCUUUCAUCGUUAACCGAGCACCACUUCAAGUCCAACUCGAGAUUGCAAGUUAUACUGUUGAGCGACAACCCCGACUUGAAGACUCUGCCGGUGUUCAGAACUUACGGUUUGGAAUACAAUUCCUUCGGUGUCUACCGUUUCGAAUGUGCAAAUUGCGGUCUGGUAACUCUCGAACCGGGUACGUUCGACGAGAUGCCGGUGCUCUCUAAAUUGAAUCUCGCGAGCAACCACUUAACCGAGUUACCCGACGAAUUCAUGAAAUACCUCACGUCCCUUAAAGAAUUGGAUCUUUCCGACAAUAAAAUUUCCUCUAUUAAACGCGGAAUGUUCCACGGUGCCGCGAAUUUGAUAAAAUUGAAUCUCGCUGGUAAUCCGUUGAGAACGAUGCAGGUAACACCGUUCUUGGACACUCCUGAACUCGUCAAGUUGGACGCGAGUCGAUGCAUCCUCGAGCGCGUAUGGAGCGAAGCCAGAGUACCAUUGAAGAGCCUUCGAUUCCUGUCGGUUCGCGAUAAUCUUCUACGACGAAUCACCAUCGAGGAACUUAGGGCUACACCGAAGCUCACUGGUCUCGAUUUGUCGAAGAAUCUCUUGGAUUGCGACAACGAGUUCCACGAAGCUAUACAAUGGCUCACUGAUCACGGUGUGCAACCGACUGAGAUACUCACCAAUGUCAAUGAUUUCGCUGAUGUUGACGAUGACUCCGACUCGAGAGGCAUAAGUCAGUGGGUUGAUCUAGCGAAGGUGGUUUGCGACGGAAUUGAGGACGGUCCGCCGCCGAGACGACCUCCCGGCAGAAAGACCACAGAUCCGAAAGAUGUUCUUUUCGAUUUCGACGAAGACGCCGAAGAUAAUCUGCUGAAGAAUGAGCUUGAGAACGAGGAAAAGCUUCUUAAGUUGGACAUUGAUCAUGGCAUGCGACACAACGAUGAUCCGAUCCGAGACGAGGAUUCGGAAGUCGAAGAAAUCACCUGGCAGAGUAAUCGUCUCGCCUACGAAACGCCCGGUUUUAAACUGUGGUUGGUUUCCGGUACUAUUCUGUUGAUGCUGGUCGUCUUCCUGUUAGUGGCGCGCAUCGCCUGCUGCUUGGCGAACAAACGAGGACGAGGUCCUGUUAUCAGGCCGCCUCUGAUUCUUCGUCCGGGCCUGGUUGACAACAAGAACUGCGGUCUGGUGUACAAACCUCUGCAGGAGGAGAUAGCCACGCCCCACAUGCCGAAACGAGGUAGCUUCUACUCGAGCAGUACCUUCCAUUACGACAAAAUUGUGCCAGAGAGUGUAUAGAAAACUUCUUGUUUUCUUGAUUAAUUAAGUAACCAAUUACGGGGCGAUCAACGAAAUCGUAAUUUAUCCAAAAAAUGGUCGUCGCGUGAGCCAUCAAAGACCACUUUGCGUCGCUUGUUCGCAAAUCAAGAGAAAUCAAUAGCAGACAGUUAUUCGAUGAACAAUGCGAUUGACAAUUGCGAAUUACUUUUGCGAAAAUAUGUUUAAACGAUUAAUCUUUUUGAUCAAAAAAUAAUUCUUCCGACAUUC